UCUCAGCUCUUCAUUUCAAGGUCUAACUCUCACUGUUAAGUCUUUUCCUUACAUUCUCUUAUUCUUCCUUUAUUCCAUUUUUUGUAGGACACCAAGGCUGACGGAUUUAUAUAUUUACCUGAAUUCCGAAUUGACUUGGCUCCACAUUGCAGAAAAAACAAUGCUUUCCAAGCCUCCCAUGCAAGAAUCAAGAGUUUCUACUUUGCUGCUGAAUGUUCAGAUGAGAUGAAUUAUUGGGUUGGACAAAUGUUACAGUUAGCAUACGGUUCCUCCUUUGGCGAUGAAGCUGCUAAUGAAGAAUACAGACGUAUAGGUGCUAUGAUUUAUGCGAACUGUGUUUUGGCCCUGACGAGAGAUUUUCCUGUGAUUCGGUGUAACACCUGCCACCAUCCAACUACUAUUGUUUCUGCGAGUCCAACCUUCCAAUAUAGAUGUGCUCAAGAUGUUUCUGAUGAGUUCAUCUAUUUUCGUCCUAUUGAUGCAGAAGUUCGAGAAGAACCCAGAAGACAAAAACAACAGAAACAAACCUUAGCUUCUCAUCAACACACCCGAGAAGAACAAAGUCAUCCACGAACCCCAAGAAAUCCGUGGCUGGAAUCUCCAGAAAAUGCAGAGUCUCCAAGAGAUGGUGACCUGGAAGUAGCAAAAAGCAUGUAUCCUUUUGGAGAAAGACCCAUCUUCCGACAUUCCUGGGAAGAGCUCUUAGAAGCACCACUGAACAGUGAAGGACUCCACAUUCUCCAAACUACUCCUACAAAAGAGAAAGAGAUUGGCUACCUCCGGCUGCCACCAGAGGAGAAGAAUCAAGCAACCACCUCUCGCAGGGGUUGCCAUCUCGAUGCCUUGCAAGGCCCUUUCCCAUUGCUGCCCCAGCAUCCUAAGCUUCAGAGGCAGCGAAGUCACAGCCUACCACGAUACAGAAGCCGAAAAUUAAAUGUACCUGAGUUAACGUUAAACCCAGAGGAGACACGUUUCUUCUUCCCAAGUGAUCAUAAUUUGCUUACAAGAGAAGCUGCAAAAGACGGAGACAGCAUUGAAGAGGCUUGGCAAGAGGCCAUUUUGUCAGCUUCUGGAGAACAUCCUCCUUUCAAUUCAAGCUUUGAGAAUUCUUCUGCAAUGAGGGGUAAAAUUGGAAUUCCUGUAGAUAAUACUAGACUUCCCAGGGGCAAUGUUAAAUUUCCCAGGAAUAGUGUCAUCAUUCCCGUGGGUAAUGAUGGAGUUCCCAUGGGUAAUGUUGGGCUUUUCAUGGAUAAUGCUGGGAUUCCCAUGGAUAAUCUUGGAGUUCUCAGGGGCCGUGGUGGAGUCCCCAUGGGUAACCUUGAAGUUCCUAGAGGCAAUGGUGGCGUUCCCAGGGGCAGUGGUGUUGGAAUUUCCAUGGGUAAUGUUGAAACUCUCAGGAAUAAUGUUGGAACUUCCAGACGUAUUAUAUCCUCUCCACUUACUGAGCUCUCAAAGAUAGGUGAACACCGUUUAUAAAAACUGACACUUUGCAAAGGAGCCCUGAUAGUUAAAGUAACACAGUUAGACACUAAACAUCAAAGCAGAGCUGUACCAGAUCUUAAAAUCUAAAAUAGUAAAUGAAAAAUCUAAAUUCAAAAUGCAUAAAUAAAUACAUAAAUACAAACAUUGUGGAUAUCUUUUAUGAGAAUUUUUGUAACUAGGUUAGAGUCUACUUACUAGUUUAUUCUAAAUGGCAACCCUCUAUUAAUCUGUGGAAUAAUUUGGUUGAAUGGGAUGAGUUGUGAAGGAGUAAGAUACUUACAUCAUCGAGUCUAGAUUUCUAUUUAGUAAAGAGAAACAAAAUAACAACUAACCUUCAAAUAAUAUUGUACAUCUCAUAGUCCCCAAAACUUCUGGUUUUCUUGGAUACUUUGAAGGACAAAUGAAAGUGAUCUUAUAGUUAUUACGUUAUCUGGAUAAGUCCAACUUAAUGUCCAAGAAAUUUAUUGACUGAAAGUUAAAGAACCAGAAAAUUUGGCAGAAGAUUCUUGAAUGCAAUGAUUCUCUGAAAUGUCCAGAUAGGACCUCUGAAGAAAGCUCACUAACAAGAGUAUUUAAACACAAAUAUUUAUUUUUGUGACACAUAUCUGACAAAAUUGUAAAUAUUUACUGGAACGCCUUAAAAAUACCAGGAGACAAACUGUAGAACUAUAAAUAGUAUACGUGAUUAUGAUGUAAAUAAUAUGGGUAAGACAACACUAACAGCACCGCAGGAUGCCUAAAAUAUUGCAUGCUAAAACAAUAUUUUUCUUUAGGAAAUUAAUUUUUAUUCUCCCCAACUACUAAAUUAAUUUGGCAUAAAAAGAUGCAGGGCAAAAAGGAGAAAUUAUUGAAAUAUUUUACUAAAUUACUGAAUAGGAUGCCUUUCUUAGAGAAAAGAGGACCAUUUUUCAUUGUCCCAGAUGAUCAGUAUAGUAUUCAAAUCACACAACCAUAGUUAUCUAUAAAAUUGAGUUUUCAAAAAUAUUUGUUUCACAAAUCUCUUAAGAUAUAUAAGGUAUAACUGUAAGGUAAUGAAACUCACUCAAUAAACUACAUGAGGGAAAUAAUCUCAUUACUUUGUAUUCAUACAUAAUAUAAAUUUUGUCCAAAGUUUUAGGGCAUAUGGGCCACUAAUCGAUUUGUACAUUUAAAUUUUCAAUUUUCCUGAAUAAUGGUAGCUGUUGUUUUUACAAAACCAAGGGCGACUUAAAUUAUGGGUACCACCUAACCCCUUAUUGUGUGCCUUACCAGAGAGUGCAAGGGGUGGUUAUCUGUGGUCUAAGGGAAAACUCUUGCCCACUCACAGGUUCGAUUUGGCCUAUGAGGAAGGAGGUAAAGAGGCUGGCUAGCCUCCCUCUUUCACUCUGCUCUGGUUCAGUGUGGUUACUGAACCAGGGCCUUGGCCUCAGAAGAAAAGGAAAGGUAGUGAGAUUUCUUUCUCCUAUUUCUUACCAGCCCAGAAGGUAGGAUACCAUUUCAGACUUGAAUAACCUGAAUUUUGUAUGGGGUGGCAAAACCACAGAAGUAAUGGAAGAAUACGGGCUGCCAUACUUCAGUUACUGCCAAUCCUUGACUGAGUAAAAACCAAACUGACAAUUCACCUUGUUUAACGACCUACUCUAUAUGCUCUCUUGUCACAAUAACUUUGUGAAACAGAACUAUUGCAUUUCUAACCUUCAAAGGGAACCACCUUGUGAAUGCAAAAAGAGGUUAAGUAAGGUGGAAACUGAGAGAUGACUUACUAAGAACUAACAUUUACCAAACAGUAAGUGAAAAGAAAGAAAGCAAACAAAAUUAUACUCAACUAUAUAUAAUACUGAUAUAUAGUUGAAGAUGGUCACUAAAACAAAACACCACCAUCAAAAACAACAAAAACACUGCUGUGUGAGUGUUAUUCCUCAUGCUUAUGAUUCACAUAAUUUUCAAUAUUGUGUUUAGUGGCUUAAAAUUUAAAUAUAAAAAUUAUGUGUAAAAUGGCCAGCUGCUUCUUCUUUGUAAAAUUUUAAGAAAUUGAAUGAAACUAAAUUAGGUAAAGAAUUAAAUGUGAAGACGGUCUAAGAAAUAUAAUUAUCAAUCCUGUAAAGAAAGUUACUUAUAGCAUUCAUUUUAUUCUGCUAAAUAUUAGUUCAGAACUGAGCAAUGCAAAAGUUUCAGUGACACAUAGUUAUCUAUCUUAAAAGACUGUGCCAUGUCUUAGGGUUAUCUAUGUCAAGUAAAUUAUCUAAAGUCACUCAGUAAUCUUCACAAUUCUACAGAAAAGAGAGUAAGGAGCACGUAAUAUAUUGGAUAAGAAAACUUCAUCACAAAUUGGAUCUGAGGGUUUCAUGAAAAAAAGUUAAAAUUGCAGAUCUAAAUGCAUAAUGUUGAAGAAAGAAAAUGAGGAGCCAUUUCUAACUCUCUUGCUCUUACCAAAUAAAAGAUAGAUUAAACUUAUCUAUUUCUAUAUUUUAAUAUAUCCCUUGUAAGAGAAGAAGAAAAUUACUUGCUAAAGUGAUGAUGGCAUAAAGUGGGAGAAAGAACUCUAAAAUUUUCCUGCAUAUUUUACUAUGCAAGAAAAAACAGUUGAUGAGAAAACAAUAAUAUAUAGUUAGCUUAACAACCCCAAUUAGUCAGAUCAUUUCUUUCCAAGGUUCUAGAAAACGGUGAAGUGUGCCCUACUCAAUGUGAGUAGGAGAUUAAUUCUUCUAAUGUUACAGAUUUUUUUUACAUCCUAUCUCCUGAUUAGGGAAUUAUACAAAAUUGAUUUUUAUUUUUAAAUUAAAUUGUACAAUGUGCACUUAGACAAGUCCAAAUGAUUUUUAAUUCACAGUUAGUUACUUAGCAAUUCUGAUUUUAAAAAGAGAAAAGUUUUCCUUAAUAAAUAAAGUUUCAUUUAUCUCUGCUUAGGUCUUUAAAAAUUAACCAAUGGAAAAAUAUUUUCGAUGGCUAAUAUAAUGGAGAUAGAAAAAUUAUCACAAAAACACCCCUCUAAGAACCAACAAAAAUAUGGUAUUCAAAUCACUUAACUGCCACCUUCAUUUAAAUCAGUAUAGUGUUAGAAAAAUAUUUCUCAAAGCAUUGAAUUGAAUUCAAAAAUAUUUUUGAAGAAUUCUGAGUAGAAAACUCAUCCAUCCAUAACCACAACCGGUACCUUAGACCAAAAGGACUUCAACAGUUUGUAAAAUAUCUUCUUUUUCUAAUCUUUGAAAUGGUCUGCCUAUUACUAAAAGUUUUAAUAUCCUUAAAGACCAAUUUCCUUUUUACUGAAUAGUAGCAAUAAAUGUAAAAAUUAUAUAAAGUAGAAUUGUUCAUUUUUAUAUUGACUUGACCUUUUUCUGCUAUUUAAAGUUGAAGUUUACCAAAGUGAGACAUAGUAUAUAAGAAAAUUACUGCUGUCCAACUAACAAAGGGCUAUGACCAUCUGGUGCACAAAAAUGAGCUGACUGAGAAGUAAAAUCAUUUUUACAUUAAGAACAACCUAAGAAAACUGAAUUUUAACUAACAAUGAAAAAUGAUCUUGAAUUCUAAAUUGAGGCCAAAUUGUGUCCAUAGUUAAAAAGUAAAAUGGAGAAUUGAGGCUUUAUACAUGUAGUGAAACUAAUUUAUUUCAGAAGACUAUAGUAUCAAGGUCCAUUAUAAAAUUAAAAAAUUACAACUAUAGAAUAAAUUUUAACCAAAAGAAAAACCAGGCAAGGUAAUUGUUUUUGAUGAUUAGUCUAAUAAACAAAUGUAUAACAGUAUCCCUGUCUAAGAAUGAAGCAGAUACAGACAGUAUGCAUUAUUUAUUCUAAAAUCCAUUAACUAGUAAGAAAGCUUCAUUAAUUGCAUGUGAUAUUUCCAUCUGAUGAUUAUAUUUUAAGUAUGUUUUAGAAGUGAAAACUCAAAAUAUAGCAAAGUGCUUUUAAUAGGUCAUAGGGUGUAAAGUACAUGUGCCUUGUACAUAAUUCAAGAACAGAGAGCCUCACUGAUGUGAGUGACAAUCUAGUGGAAAGUGAGAGGAAGACAGAAGAGAAAAAAACUAGAAUAAAACAGUAACUUUUAAAGUAAAUGAUGUUUUCUUAAAAAUAUUAGUUUGAAAGUAUUUUUUUGCUUUUUCGCUCUUUUGAAAGUUGUCAUUUUAUUAUUUACUAAUAUGAACAAAUAAGCCUUAAAUUAAUUCAGCUUUACCAUUUACAUCUCUAAAUUUUAUACUGUCCCCUGAUCCCUUAAUUCUCACUCCUUGUACAUAUUCCUCAUCCCAACCCUUACUCCAAUCCGUCCUUCACCUUAUCACACCUCCCACCUCUACCCUGUUCUUGACCUCUUCUCCAUACCCUCCAUACCUCAUUCUCACUUCAUCUUUCCUUUGCCCUUCCCCCACCCUACCUCAUUCUGCAUAUCUUCUCCAUCUCUUACCCUUACCCCAUUCCCCACUUUUUUUCUCUUCCCAUCCCAUUCUAAGCUUAUAACCUAUCCCUGAUCUCCACUUCCUUAUGCACUCCACCCCAUUUUCUAUCAUCACUCUUUCCCUCAGCCUAUUCCUGAGCCUCAUUCCAACCCUCACUCCACCUUUGAUCUCACCCAUCCCAAGCAUCACCCCAUCUGUGACCCUUAAUCUCCACUCUAGUACUAAUCCUAAACUCUCCCUCAGUCUUGACCUUCAGAAAUAAGGAUAGAAUAAAGACUAAUUUGAGGACCAUGAAUGAAGUAAAACUAGCUAUUUCAUGCCUUUAUUGAUUUAUUAAAAUAAAACUCCAAGGUUGGAUUUUUUUCCAGAAUAUGUCGAGAUAUCCCAAAUUAUAACAUCCAUGAUAUCAAAGCAGCUAAAUCAAAAUGAUUGUGUCAAAACGUAGGGGCCUGAAUAUCAUGUACCCCCAAAAGAAAUCCUCAGUAGGGAAAAUACACUGGUUUAUGCCAGCCUUUCAAAGAUUAUAAAUGUGAUUUCAAGUCCCUUGCCAUUUAUUUUUAAAUUUUAAUUUUUGAAUGACUUUCAAAAGACUUGAAGACUUUUUCCUUCUUUCAUAUCUCAUAAAAUGAGAUAUGAUGUACACCUCAAAACAUAUAUACACCUAAAGAAGUACUCAUUUUAGGCUUUCUGAGUAAAUGAACACAUAUGCAUUAUCAAUUUCUUAAUCUAAAUUGUAAAAUAUGUUAAUGAAAAAAGAUAAAAUAUGCACUUUGUGAAUUUACCUAGAGCAUAUUUUUGCUAUUAAAAAGUAAUAUUCUAAGAGUUUAUUUUUAAAACUGACUCACCUCUAGUAAAUUUCAUUAUUUAAUGCAACUAGUAUCCAUCUAGAAACCAAGUUCUCUAUUCUUAUAUAUAUAUUAGAAUAAAAUAAAAAGAUCUUCUUAAAAAUAAAACAUUUUAAAAAUGCAGUGACAUUCAAAAUUAUAGUUAAUAUAAUAUCAACGGUGUUAGAAAUAUCAACAGUUAGUAUUAUUGAUUUGUCCAAAAAUGCCCAACAAUCUUGAAGAUAUUAACUAAUUUUUAUAAUUCCUCCAGAAAUGUAUCUAGUUAUUAAAAAUAAAUACACAUAAAUUUGAUAAUUUUAAAGUUUCAGAAUUAUAACGACUAACGUUCAUGCCUUAAACCUAACAUUUCUGUACUAUGUAAUAAGAGUUAAUGUUAAUACAUGUGCCGUACUUGGAGGGAUUCAAGUCUAUGGAGAAGAAAAAUUAAUAAAAAAGUAUUAUUGAUUUGGAAGUACCCAUUAUUGUCAAAAUUUGGUAAAUACACCUCUGCACAUUACACCUUCUCAAACCUUUAAACCCAUCGAGCUCUCAAACCAAGUGUUUCAGUUUGUUGUGACUAUGUCCAGUAUGUUCAAGUAAAUCAGUCCUCAUUUCUGUUUUGCUACAUUUAUAUCACCAGUGAUUAAAGAACAAAUCUGUCUUAAUUGGCAAAAAGACCCCAGCUCUUCCCUGCUCCAAGAAAAUCAGUGAGAGCUGAUGCAAUGCUUAUGGUUUUACCAUCCAUUAUGAAAUAAAAUCUUCCACCUUUUGAAAAUGAAGCAUUUGACUUAGUUUUAUUUUCAAAGAAAAGGAAGACAGUAAAUGAAGUACACUGGUGUUGUGAAGCAUUUUCCACUUUACAUUGAUGCUGUAUUACAUUUUUUAAAAUGUGUAUUGCCAUUAAUUGCUGGCCAUUGUUGAAUUCUGUCUCAUUUAUUAACUACCUACUGUGAUAUAUUUGAGCAGUGUAUCAUUCAAGGUGAUAUUUUAACGUAUAUGUGAUAUGUGUAUCUUGGCCUGUAUUCUAUCUCUAAAUAAAGUGUGGUGUAGAUUGAUGUGAUGUAUUUAUUUAUUCAGGAGUUGAAUUAUACAGCACUAGACUAUAGAACUGCUGGUGCUCAGUCUAUGAGGUUAUCCUAAGUUUGCAAACCUCACAACAGGAGUUUUAAUAUCUUACUAACUUAAAAUUCUAAUAAAGAAUAUUGCAUAGGGGUUAUGACCAUUUAAAAGUUAAAUUAAUCUUAUUUCUGUAGCAAAAGGCACCGAACAUCCAUUAGGACUGUUUUCAAAAACAGACAAACCCAAAAUUACUUUUGCAUCUCCUAUUGCAACUGCUGUUUCUAUUCUGUAAUCUUUUGUCCAAGAAUAGUGCCUGAUGGGAACAUUUUCAUUUUUGGAUGUUCCUCUGUGAGUAUGUGUGUAUGUAUGCACACACACAUGUGUGAGUCACAGAGAGGCAAGGGAAUUUGGAGAGAAAUUUAUACACAAUUAUUAGCACUUAUGUUUAAUCAUUGACAGUUUUGACAACACAAUGUAUGUUUUCUUAACCACCUUAAAAGUAUUACUUUAUAUUUUGAUAGAGAGUAAUUUCGAAAAUAUUGAUUAUUCAGUUUCCAAAAUCACUUCGUCUUCAUCCAUAAUAUAAACUUGCGGUUCUUAACCUAUUCCCUGGUAAGUUAGCAAGUGGGGAAUAAAUAUUUCAAAUGUUUACUUUUGUGUCCUACCCAAUUAGGAAUAAAAAUAGAAAGGACAGCUAACCUCCAGACUUAUACACUGAAAAUCUUGGUUGGUUCUAUGUGUUUCACAUGUUUCAUUUAUAUACAAAAUCUCAUCAAAAGUUCAAUUUUUCUUUUUUUAGAAAGUGAAUUCUUUUCUCAAAUACAAAUUGAUUAGAAACCUUAUAAAUGAAAACACUAGAAAUGUUUGAUGCUACAGAAAUAGAAAUUAAUUAGCUUCCCUCUUAUAUCUUUAAAACUAAAUUUCAACUCCUGGAUAAUAUUUAAUAUUUUUUCUCCUAAAUAUUUUCAAUUUUGUAUUUGUACCAUGUUGAGACAUACUCUAGGUUACGUGAGCAGUAAGUGUUAGUUGUUUCUCUUCUUUCUCUUCAAGUAAAUUGUGAUACUGAGUAUAAUUGAUGCCAUUUUUUCCUAUCACUUCUGCCAGUUUAACUUUUUAAUAUUUUGUUUCUGGUAAAAUUUAUUGAUGGUAAAUGUCACUGUGUUGUCUGCAUUAGACAUAUAUUUUCCAAUACAUUACAAUGAUGUGUAAGGUGCACUGCCAAAAUGUUAAAAAAUGUUUUGUUUUCUAACACAUCAAUUUGCUGAAAAAAUAUAUAUUUGGCACAAUAGUGAAAGGAACAUAUUUAUUCGUGAAACUAAAUUUGUCUUUUGCUUUACAAACUUCAUUUGUAAAUUUAGAUUUCAA